AUGAACGCAGUUAAGAAACCUGAGAUUAGAUCAUCAAUGGCAAUGACGUUUGUGAACAUGCGAGGACGCCUCAACCCACCAUUGCCGGAGACCUCUUUUGGCAACUUUGUUGGGUCGUUUUUGGCCGAGAAAAGCUUUCAUGACGGCGGUGAGAUUGAGUUACGGGGCUUGGCUGGUCAACUAAGACAUGAGUUUAAAGAAUUCUGUGAUGUUAACAUGAAACAAGUUCAAGAUUCCAAAGAUGGAAUAUCGGCAAUCUUGAAUUACUCUAAAAAGAUUAGGGAUGUGUUGGGAAGGGAUGAAACUGAAGUUAUUACAUUUAGUAGUUGGUGUGGAUUCCCAUUGUAUGAGAUUGAUUUUGGAUGUGGAAAGCCAAGGUGGAUUAGUGUUACAAAUACACCAUUCAAGAACGUAAUCAUGAUGAUGGAUACUAAAGAAGGGAAUGGAAUUGAAGUAUGA